AUGGAAGCAUGCGGUGGAGAUGGUGCCGGUUUGUCGGCGGCUGAGCGACUAUUUAAUAAGCAAAGAUACAUUAAAGUUGGUCGCCUUCGCGAUUUGAUGAAAAUGGCUACGGAUCCACUUUUCCUAAAGUCGAGAAGUCUACGUCACCUCUUAGUUGCAUCUUUGUGUGUCGUUUUUAAGGACAUACUGCCUACUUACAAAAUUCGUCUCCCUACUGAACAGGAACUAAAGCAGAAGGUUAAAAAAGAAACGAAGCGCCUCUGGCGGUUUGAAGAAAUCCUGUUAAAAAACUUUGAAAAAUACGUAUUACUCCUCCAGACAAUUCUCCAAGUGAAGACCUACUCCGAUCCGCGACACCUUAUCUCCAAGACUCGCGGAAUUCCAUCCACAUUCGCCGCAGAUGUAACAGGGCAGUCGACACUGAUGGUAAUAUCCCCAUUCCAUUAUCGCCCUCUUUCCGAGGUUUGUCGUGCUGUUCACAGACUCGCGCGUUCUGUCAAUUAUCGCAUAUUGCCUGAUGUGGCCAAUGUCAUUGCUGGCAUUGCCAUUCGAGAGGUCGCAGACAGCACGUCGGGCAACUCGACUCACAAAGACAGGAAAUUUGCCUCGCGUCGGGAGAGAAAGAAAGACAAAGUUUUGGCAAAAUUUGAGAAAGACCAAGCCGAGACCAAAGCCACAAAGUCCCACGAAGAGAGGCUGCGAAUAAAUGCAGAAAUCCUCAAGGAGAUAUUGUUUGUGUACUUCAAAAUCCUAAAAACAACCAAGGAUUCUGAGCUGCUUUCGGCUGUCUUGGCAGGGCUUUCAACUUACGCACACAUAAUCAACGUGGAUUAUGUGGAGAAUCUGCUUCAGUUAAUAAGUAUUUUUGUUGCAAAUCCGAAAACGUCUCUGCACGAUGGCCUACACUGUGUACACACGGCCCUUACCAUUCUGAACACAUCCUCGGCCACGUCUGUGCUACACGUCGAUCCGACACGCUUCUACAACCACCUUUAUGCCCUCCUCGGUCAAAUGGCCGGAGUUUCCAGCGGACAGGCGCACGCGGCCACCAGGGACGCCCCCGGACCCUCUCUCAUGCAGUACGCCUGGGCUCGAACCCCUGCCGCGAUAGCUGCGGAAACCCUUGCUAGACGGGAGCAACUACUGGGCAAGGCGGGGGAUGAAGGCGGUGCUGAGGCGGGCGGUCGAGGGACGAAACAACGACGGAUUCGUGUGGAGGAUGCGGAGCGCUUCACCGACGUGAUCCUUGCCUGUCUUGACAUGCUCAUUGUCAAUCGAAAACGAGAGGUCUCCGCUAAUCGUGUCCUCGCUUUCGCCAAGAGAUUGGCCUCUCUUGCUGUUGCUAUUAGCGACCCAGCGUGCCAGGGCUCCAUGUUGGUGAGUCUCUGGAAGUUUAUAAGCCUCUUCCCCAAGUGCGAGGUGCUCUUCGACUCGGAGACGGAAAUCGGCGGCGACUACGACCCCGAGGCUCUGGACCCCGAACUCGCGCGCCCCGCCAGUUCCGCCCUCUGGGAGCUGCAGGUCCUCCGCCAACACGAGUCACCCCUGGUCCGCAGGAUCGUCGCAAUCAUCUUGAGGUGGGUCCAAGAAAUGACCAAAACCAGCACACCCCGCCCCACCAACGAGGUCCUGGCCCAGCCCGAUCACACGAUCGAAUCCCUGUCGACACUGCAUCCGGCUGAGCGUCGAGUCAUUUUGGCGCGUUCCGAGGCCGCUUGCCUUUCCACGCCUUCCACAGCCAAGGUCGGGAAGCGGCGUUACCAACCGUCGCCGUGGCUACGGAGGAUGUUGGAGCAGAACGAGGAGGCGGCCACCUUACCGAACGGCGAUGAAUCAAAGGUAGUGAAAAUGGACGUGAUAUGA